CAGCAUGGUGACUUGGGACCUGAAUUGUCAUCUUGGCAAGUUCCUUCCUUCUCUGCACCUCCAUUUCUUCCUGAGGAUGAGUAAUACAAUAGUGAAAAGAGGAUUAAAAGAGAGAAUCUGCAUUGAUGCAACUAAUACCUCAAGAAGUCAAUAAAUGCUAAUGCUAUUUUUUUCAAUAAAAAUAAGAAGACAGUCUCCUGACUGUAUACUAGCAUUUUGCUUGAGGACUUGGGCCUCAUCCCUUAUGAAAUAGCCAUUUUUAUGCAUAAACAUUAAGUGGGGCACUGGGCAGGGGCUGUUCUUUCCAAUAGGCACCGUUCUCUCAAAGUCAACCUGGCAAUUUGUGUUUUGUUCCUGCGGCUAUCAGAAUUACCUUGAAAAUUUCUACCAAUUACCAAGGAAAGGAUAUCAGGCUGCAAGGAAGAACAGCACUAGCAUGGUUGUUGAAAAGCUUAAAGAAAUGCAACGAUUCUUUGGGUUGAAUGUGACAGGGAAGCCAAAUGAGGAAACUCUGGAAAUGAUGCAGAAACCUCGCUGUGGAGUGCCUGACACUGGAGAGUUUAUGAUAACCCCAGGGAACCCCAAGUGGGAACGAAAUAACCUGACCUACAGGAUUAUUAACUAUACCCCACACUUGCUGCUAAGGGCUGAUGUUGAAAGAGCUUUUGAGCGUGCCUUUGAAGAGUGGAGUAUAGCAUCAUCCCUGAAGUUCAAGAAGAUCUCACAGGGAGAAGCAGACAUCAGGAUUGCUUUUUACCAAGGAGAUCAUGGUGACAAUUCUCCAUUUGAUGGACCCAAUGGAAUCCUUGCUCAUGCCUUUCAGCCAGGCCCAGGUAUUGGAGGAGAUGCUCAUUUUGAUGCAGAAGAAACAUGGACCGACAACAGAACAAAUUACAACUUGCUUAUUGUUGCUGCCCAUGAAUUUGGCCAUUCCUUGGGGCUCGCUCACUCCACAAACCCUGCUGCCUUGAUGUAUCCCACCUACGCUUUCAGGGACCCCAGCACCUACUUGCUCUCUCAGGAUGACAUCAAUGGCAUUCAGGCCAUCUAUGGACCUUCAAAUGACCCUAUCCAACCAACUGGAUCAACCGCGCCCACCGCCUGUGACCCCAGACUGACAUUUGAUGCUAUCGUCACACUCCGCGGAGAAACGCUUUUCUUUAAAAACGAGUACUUUUGGAGAAGGCAUCCCCAACUGCCAACAGUCGAACUCAAUUUCAUUUCUCUGUUCUGGCCAUCCUUGCCAAAUGGUAUACAGGCGGCUUAUGAGGAUUUUGACAGGGACCUAAUUUUCCUAUUUAAAGGCAACCAAUACUGGGCUCUGAAUGGCUAUGACAUUCAGCAAGGUUAUCCCAAGGACAUAUCAAACUACGGCUUCCCAAGCAGUGUCCAAGCAAUUGAUGCAGCUGUUUCCUAUAGGAGUAAAACAUACUUCUUUGUAAAUGAUCAAUUCUGGAGAUAUGAUAACCAAAGACGAUCCAUGGAAGCAGGUUAUCCCCAAAGCAUAGCAAGUACCUUUCCAGGAAUAGGAAGCAGAAUUGAUGCAGUUUUCCAGCAAGAUGACUUCUUUCUUUUCUUCAGCGGACCAGUUUAUUAUGCAUUUGAUCUUAAUACUCAGAGAGUUACUAGGGUUGCAAGAAUCAAUAAAUGGCUUAACUGUAGACGAAGUUGAAGCAAAAUCAAAUUUUUUGUAUCCAUUUUCUGAAUAUUGCAGGGAAAUCUAAUUUGCGUAUCCAUUAAAUUGUGACCUAUUUAUUCUUUUCUCAACAAUAAAUGAUGUUGUUUGCUAUCA